AUGAAUCGCUCUAAUAUCUUUCUACGCGCGGGUACUACCACCGGACUAGACACCGGGGCAAGACAGAUGACGCAGCAUAAAAGCCACGAAUCUGCCCGACGCCCCCCACAACGGAUGAAGACAAUGAAAACGAUCCAGACGUGUCGAGCCCGACGCGCCUCGUCUCCGCCACACCAAGGGCUAUACGCCGGCCCCAGUACCGUCCUGCAUCAGCAGGUGGCGAAAAAGUACCCCGCCAGCAGUGGCUCUGCCCGAACUAAGAGAAGCGGAUAA